GAAAAUGUCGUCUGAGAUCUUGGAGAUGGCCCCAGGGGCUUUUGCGCCCAAAGACACCAGAGCCUUUUUCGAAGCAUUGACCAUUCCUGGCGGCCCACACAGCAUAAACUUGGUGUCAGGUCCAGGGGCAGGAAGCUUCUCCUUCAUGACAUCCGCAGUGACGAACCCACUUCCGUAGGCCCAGUCUUGCGGCGGUCGGUCAAGCAUGUACCAAAGCUUGAAGUUCUUGAGGUAUCUCCUAGCAAACGUCUCAAGUUCUUUCCUUAGCAGGAUAUCGCUUUCCGUUUGGUUGGCGAGAAUGAGCGAGACUUCGGUGGUAUCCGAUUCGUGUUCGCAGAUGGCGCGAAUUAGUUGGUACAUGGGCGUUAGUCCUGUGCCUCCAGCGAUCAUGCCGAUUUUCUUGCAGUGCCCGGCUUGGUAUCUCAUGGCGCCUUUGGGACCGCGGAACAGUACCUCGUCACCAACCUUGAGUUGCGAGAAGUACUUGCCGGUUAGCUGACCGUCAGGGUAGAGUUUGAUGACUAGUUCGAGUACGCCGCGGUCAAGGUUGUUGGAUGUCGGGGUAUAGGAUCUUUGGACGGUCUUGCCGUCAAUGGUCGCCUUGAUGGAGACGUGUUGUCCGAUAGGGAGACCAACAAUAUCGCGUGGGCCGGGGAGUUUGAAUACGUAUCGGAAGACGUUCGAGGACAGUUGGUCGAUCCUUGCGACUUUCAGUCCUUUGAAUUCUUUCGGGUCGAGGAAUCCUUUGACGAGGUGAGGAUUGGCUGGCUCUGAGAAAGGUCGGGCUUUUCUGCGCGGAUCCGGAAGCACCUUCUCGGCUGAUGAAGGCCCGUAUGCAUAGAUUCCAUAUCCUGCGGCUGCCAGAGAAAGCGUUGUGGCUACUACUUUGACUGCUGUCGAUGAAGAAGAUCCGUUGGCCGGUAUCGCUGUUGUCGGGACUUGUUGAACGAGUUUGACCGCUGUAGAACGCUUCGCUUUCCAGUCGGAAACGGUUCCAACUUGCAACUCUGCCAGAAUUUCGUCUGCGUCUUCAGAGUGGCCGACUUCAUCAUAUUCCGACGAUCCGUCUUUGCCAGCGACAUCUCUCAGUACAUCCACUCCACCAGGAUGGUCGGUGGAAUAUUUUGUCACAUCGUAAACUGUUGUCUCU